AUGACGCUGAGCGUGGGCCUGACGCUCAGCGUGGCUAUGACAACCUCAUCUCAUUUUUUUGCACUUCUCACGCUGGGCGUGAUAAUGGCGCUGAGCGCCCCUUUUGGCAGCCACAUUUGGCCUCUAUUUGUCAUACUUUUGUGUUUUAAUGGGAUGGCUCCACCAAAGACACACCCGGAGAAAAGAAUUAAAACUACUGCAAGGCAACCAUUUCGUGGCCCUUCAUUUGACUCUCACACCUUCCGUGACAAGGAACAUCAAGAAUUUUAUCCCAAGUUGGAAGAAAGAAGUCUCUGGAUGGAAAAGAUGGUCAAACUCAAGCCAACCGAAUAUCCAGAAUUCCAAGCAGAAAUACAAAGAAGGAAGUGGGAAAAGCUAGCCUCGUACAUGGCUUCUGCUAACAUUUCUGUUGAGCGAGAAUUUUAUUGCAAUGCUUGGGUCCUUAGCAAGGAGUUCCCUGAGUACACUAGCUAUGUUCGGGCUUGGCCAGGGGGCCCUGCUCAACAACAGGGGGAAGGUGAUGCAGCUGAUGAUGAUGAGGAGUCUGAGGAGGAAUCUGAGGAGGAGGAUGACGAUGAAGAAGAAGAAGAGUCGGAUGAGGCUGAAGAGGAUGAGGAGAAAGACUAA